CUCCCAAUCACAGCGAGGGGGCGGGUAAUGCACUCAGCUCCCUAUGAUGCCAAAAGGGCCGUUGCAAUUCUGCUUGUAAUGAAAAUGAACAUAUAGGUGACCCGGUAGUAAGCAGUGAACGAAACCAAAACUAGCGCUGCUCUCCAUUUGAGACGCCGGCACCACACGCUGCUUCUCGGCGUUCGUCCGCACCGGCGCUGACCGGAUGAGCGCCGCCCCCACGCGCUAACGUUACUCGUUCAGGUGACAGCCUCCACCAACCGCCCCCUCCCCUUCGGAGAUGAUGCUGUCUGCGGAUGACAGCAGACCAGAGGACCGAAACAAGUGUCUGUGCCGCUCUCUGGCAAGUAGUGAAGCUAGAACACGGGUUAAUAUCUCCUUAAAGUAGCCCCCCUCAUUGCUCCGCGGUCUAGUGGAAGAGCUUCAGCGUACGGUUCAGUCGUUUUAAGCCACGAAGCUUAACGAAGACGGAGAGAGGGAAAAAAAGACAAGGGAUAAAGCUAACGCUAAUGGUGGUCUGAUCUGAACUCAGUCUCCUACAGCGACGGGCUCCACGUCUCCUGCACGCAAUGACCGACUCGGUUGUGGACAGCAAGGCGGAGGUGAAACAAGCCACCAAAUAUGUCAAAGAGACCGAAAACGUAGCGGAGAAAUACUCCGCGAUGACCGUCAGCAAGAACAGCAGCGAUGUGAACAUGAACGUCGGGGAAAUGCCUUCCGCCGCCUUCACCGCAGUCCCCACUCUGAAAUCCGUCAAAAAGAUCCAGUUCGCCAACACUGAGGACAAACAGGAGUUCAGCAAGUACCCGACCAAAGCUGGUCGCCGCUCCCUCUCUCGAUCCAUCUCGCAGUCCUCCACAGACAGCUACAGCUCAGCUGCGUCCUACACUGACAGCUCCGAUGAUGAAACCUCCCCCCGGGACAAAGCCCAGGUCAACACCCAAGGCAGCAAUGACUUCUGUGUGAAGAACAUCAAACAGGCCGAAUUUGGCCGCCGUGAAAUAGAAAUUGCAGAACAAGACAUGUCAGCCCUGAUCUCCUUGAGGAAGAGGGCCCAGGGGGAGAAGCCAUUGGCCGGGGCGAAGAUAGUAGGCUGUACCCAUAUCACUGCUCAGACUGCGGUCCUGAUUGAGACUCUGGUAGCCCUCGGGGCCCAGUGCCGCUGGACUGCCUGCAACAUCUACUCCACUCAGAACGAAGUGGCUGCUGCGCUCGCUGAAACAGGGGUACCUGUGUUUGCAUGGAAGGGGGAGUCAGAGGAUGACUUCUGGUGGUGCAUCGAUCGCUGUGUCAACAGGGAGGGCUGGCAGGCUAAUAUGAUCUUGGAUGAUGGUGGAGACUUAACCCACUGGGUGUACAAGAAGUAUCCCAGCGUCUUUAAGAAGGUCCGGGGCAUCGUGGAGGAGAGUGUGACUGGAGUGCACAGAUUGUACCAGUUGUCGAAGGCCAGCAAGCUGUGUGUCCCUGCCAUGAACGUGAACGACUCCGUCACCAAGCAGAAAUUUGACAACCUUUACUGCUGCCGUGAAUCUAUCCUGGAUGGUUUGAAGAGGACCACAGAUAUGAUGUUUGGUGGCAAACAGGUUGUUGUUUGUGGUUAUGGAGAGGUGGGUAAAGGCUGCUGCACUGCUCUGAAGGCCCUCGGUGCCAUUGUGUGCAUCACAGAGAUCGACCCCAUCUGUGCCCUGCAGGCCUGCAUGGACGGCUUCCGAGUGGUCAAGCUGAGCGAGGUCAUCCGCCAGAUGGACGUGGUGAUAACUUGCACUGGUAACAAGAAUGUUGUCACCAGGGAACAGCUUGACCGAAUGAAGAACGGCUGCAUCGUCUGCAAUAUGGGACACUCCAAUACGGAGAUUGACGUGGCGAGUCUGCGUAGCCCCGAGCUGACCUGGGAGAGGGUGCGCUCUCAGGUAGACCACAUCAUCUGGCCCGAUGGGAAGAGGGUUGUUCUGCUUGCAGAGGGCCGCCUCUUAAACCUGAGCUGCUCCACAGUGCCUACAUUUGUGUUGUCCAUCACUGCUACAACUCAGGCACUGGCCGUGAUCGAGUUGUUCAACGCACCAGAGGGCCGUUACAAACAGGAUGUGUAUCUUCUGCCCAAGAAGAUGGAUGAGUACGUGGCCAGUUUGCACCUACCAAACUUUGAUGCCCACCUGACGGAGUUGUCUGACGAGCAGGCCAAGUACAUGGGUCUCAACAAGAACGGCCCCUUCAAGCCUAAUUAUUACAGGUAUUAAUGGCGGUUUCUGGCAACGUGAUCCUCGGCACACAUUUGUCCUGGAAUACACAGAGAUAUCUAUUUUAUUUUGUAAAUUGCUCCAAAAAAAUUGAGAAAUUAUUUUAAGUAUGCUGAAUGUAAUUUAGGAUUAGCACUACGGAUAUAGUGUUAGAUAUGAAGAAUAAGACGUGUAGGAAUCAUAUACAACCUAUAGCCGACUAAUAUUUUACCUGUCCUAUCACGUGUUAAAAAGAAAAGCCUGCUUGCAUGCUUUCAUGUGUUUGUGCAUAUUUAGUUGCUAAUGCUUCUGUUGUUAGAUUACAAAGUUGGUGAUUUGUUUGCUUACCCUAUUUAUGCACAGUGCCAAAUGAUGGCUACAAGAAUGGAACUGAUACCAAGUAUAUUUUGUCUGUCGAUAACAUUUUAAUUAGUACAUUCCAGGAGCCAGGGUGUGGGCUGAGCUACAACAAACUCUGUACUAUGAUGUACAUAGUUUAGAAUGUUUGUUUUACAUAAAUCUUAUGUGCGUUAAAUAAUCUCAUUGAAUGGUAUCUGCAUACAUUCCCUAAAAGGUAUCAUCCAGUCACACUUAAACACCUAAAGCUUAAACCAAAGGGAGGUUUCAUUUUCUAACAGAUGUUCUUUUGUGCUGAAGAUAAGAAGCUGUAUGCAUUCCUAAAAAAGAUUUUAACUACUAUCUUCAAUUAAUACAGAGUUUCCAUUUGCUCACUGACGUCCCAGCAGAGAGCUGUUUCUCUGGCAUGCAGCAAGGUCAGUUAUUAAGUGUUUUGACUGGAUAAUACUUUUGAGUCCAUUGUAUGAAUGUGCCUUUUAAUUCAUUUACAACACAAAAUAAAUAUCAGCACUGACCUUAAUUAAAUGAAUAUUCCUCUGGUGUACGACCACAUCUAUUAGAGUUGUGCUUAAUGUCUUCCUUUUACUGCUUCUGCUAUUUAAGAUGCGUGGGCUGUGUUGAGAAAAUUAUUAUAAAUCUGUUUGCCAUAUGUUGCUGUCUUAAUUUGACUCACUAGGGUCACCUAACGUAAAGUUUUAUGUCAUCAAAAUGCAUACCUGUAUACGAUUUAUGUAAAAAUGCAUUAAAUCAGCAAUAAAACAACUUCUUUUAACAGAGAAACUUUAA